CUCGGUACACUCGAACGGAUGGGACGUUCGUGAAACCGAACGAGACCAUGCUGAAGGAUGGCCAGACCGCUAUGGCCUACUACAGGAGCAUGUGGACUCCGAAGGACAUUGAGGCGGCAAAGGGCCUUUCCCAGAAGGACGUGUUCAGUCGCUUUCCCCAAUCUGCUAUGGAGACAUUGUUUGGGAUGAUGGCCAUGCAGAAGCAGGUGGAAAUGGGGAACGCCAGGGCCCGAAAGUAUUCUGACAGCCUGGAGGUGGCUAAUAAAGAGAACGACCUCCUUGCCAUGAAGAAUACCGAGGUGCUGGUUCGGCUUGACAAAGCCGAGCAAGAGAGAGAUGUCCUGAAAAAGGAGAAUGAUUCCCUUCAGGAUGAGAAGGACGCCCUCCAGCUCGAGAAGAGCGUCUGGCAGACUGAGCAGGAAUCACUCAGAGAAGAGAAGGCAGAACUCCAACGUCUUCUAGCUGAUGAACAGUCUGCUCGGAUGGCUUUUGAAAAAAGAGCUCUGGACGAGCGUACCGCUCUGAUCGACGUUAUCAGCAGAGUGGGUGGUGGGAUGCUGGCCCUUCAUGCUCGGUUCUCCAGGGUCGGUGCUCUUCGGUAUGCUCAAGGAUUCCGGGAAGGCUUCGCCGACCGGGUUCCGGAUGAGGGACAGACCAGCUCCACUCCGGAUGAGGUAGACAAGGAUCUGGGGAUCGAGCCUCUGGGGGUCUAUGUUGACCCAGAACCCACCGAAGCGGAGCGUAUAUUUGAUGAGUGCCAGGACAUCGCAUCCUCAAGGAUCAUCACAGCUCCUCCUACCGCUCUGCCACUGACCGCUCCCCAAUCGUCAACCGUGGCUCCCUCUGUAGCCACUGCUGACGCUGAACCCCAGCCGAACGACUCAGUUAUUCACCUGGAUUCCCCACCUCAUGAAGGUGAGGCGGCUGAUGGGGCCGAGGAGGCGAGUCGGCAGGACCAGGAUGCUGUUGGUACUGAGGCGUCUAGCUAGGGCUCCUUCGAAUUCUUCCAGUUCAUAUCUUCUUGUAAUGAUGGACACCUCUCUUUUGUAAACUAAAUGUUCAAUAUUAAUGAAAUGGCCGAACUCUUUUUCUCUAUGUGUUGUGCUCUGUUCAACUUAUCUUCAGUACAUAUAUAUCUUUUCUCUCUUUUUCUUUUUAUAUUAGUUUUGCUGUGUGUUUGUACGGCAAGUGCCUGGCGCUCGGCUAGAAUGCCACUUGCCACUUGGCUUUAAAUUUUUAGCAAGUGUCUGGCGUUCGGCUUAUAGUGCCAGCUGCCACUUAUCUUGC